CGGCAGAUUAACGCUAAAUGCACCCUGGCUGUUUUCACAUAACCGCACAUCGGCUGGAUGUAAUUUGACGAAUUUCGUGAUCCUGUUUGGUAAAGAUAAGAAAAAGCAUUUGCAUCGUUAUUUGCAAUUCCAGAAAUUACGCUUUUUAACCGCUGAAAUAAAGAAGAAAUAGGCCAAGAUUCUGACAUCAGUCAAGACAGCUGAAGACCAGCGAUGAACUGCAAAUAAAAAAAAAUUGACACCGUUUGCCGUUUUUACUGACUCAAGCAUGGGAGGGAACCACACCCGAGAUGAGGAGAGCCUUCAGGACCCAAUGGUACGCUUCCAGAGCUACUUGCAUGGAGGGACCUCCAGUUUGCUAUCCACCCUCCCCACCCUGAUUGUCUUUCCUGUCUACAAAACUGUUUUCCGUCAGCAAAUCCACAAUACACCAGUUCCCCAGGCGGUGGCACAGCUUUACAAAGAGGGACCUGUAAAGCUCUACAGGGGUGUGGCCCCCCCAUUACUGAUGCGGACGCUAAAUGGCACUCUGCUCUUUGGCCUCCAGGACACCCUCCUCCGCCAACUCUCCCUAACAUCCCACAGUGUCAUCUCUACUUCUGCUCUGCCUGCGCUGGCUGGAUUUGGUGCAGGGAUUGUUGAAGCUCUAGUCUUUACCCCCUUUGAGCGCGUCCAGAAUGUGUUGCAGAAUGGAUGCAAUGACCAUCAUUUACCCACAAUGAAGAGCGUCCUUAUCAGGUUGAAGGGACAGAGGCUGGCUGAUGGUUUCUACAGAGGCUUCCUGCCCAUCACAGCUCGAAACGCCUUAGGCAGCUGCCUGUACUUCGGGCUGAAGGGACCUGUAUGUGCAGUUGUGGCAGGAGAAGGACUGUCUCCAAUGGCUGCUUCCUUUGUGUCUGGGACGCUCACCUCCAUGGCAAUAAGCUUGACUCUUUACCCACUGUCUGUGCUAGUGGCCAACAUGCAGGCACAGGUGGGAGCAGAGGUAAAGGGGGUCCUGGUUUGUUGGAGAAUGCUGCUGAAAUCUCGGCAGUGGAGUGUUACCCUGCUGUACCGAGGUGGUUCCCUGGUUAUUCUGAGAUCAUGUAUCACAUGGGGUAUCACCACUGCUCUGUAUGACAAGCAGGAGAAACAAUCAGGCUAAAGAGAAUCACAGGAAAUGUGUUAGAAUAUCAAAUUCAUAGCUGUUGCUUUGUUGUAUUUGGUGCUGAUUUUUUUUUUUUAAAUUUAUUUAUUUAUUUUUUUUAUAUUGAUCUUACACUGACUUUUUUAUUCAUUUGUAAUGUGUUCCUUGUCGCAGCUAGCUCAUUCUCCUGGGUAAACCAUCAUCACCAUCCUUUGUGUACUCCUGUUAAUUCAGGCGUGAGAGACUGGUGAACCAUCACCUGCCCUCAUUCAAUCCAAUAAACACUGCCAAUACUGUGUGUCAGAAUGUGCUGCCUAGGCAAAGGUUCUAUUACAGAACAGGAAGCUGAUCCUCAUGUUAGUGGCCAAAAAACAAAUAUUUAUAUUAAUAUGAUGCUGGUUAGUCACAGGUGCCUUGCGAUUUAUUAUCGGUACAUCAAGGAACUUGAUUCCUUUUCAGUGUGUUUUAUCAAGAUGCUUUUAAAUUUCUUUACCAAAUAUAUUACUGGAAUUAAAGGACUAAAACCAAAAAGAGUAUGAAGCCUGUAAUCACAAUAUGACUAUAUAAAAUAAAUGUAGCCUAUUUUACAUAAUGUAGCUCAUUGUAUGUAUUAACAACCUGUUAUAACAAUAUGUGCCUGUUAAAUUAACACAGAAUGACAAUAAAAACUCAAUAAUUCUUUUACUCCGA